AUGUUCCCCGAUGGUAGAGUCAUAAGCGUGCUCCAUACUUGGCACAUUUCUAUCGUUUAUGAGCCCUAUCUGCCAGAACUGCUGGAAAUAGCUUUUGAGAUGCGGACAGUCAUCAUUUACACAACCUUCAGGAAGUCAGCUGUGAAGACCAGAGGCUCAUCUGUCAACCAGAACUGCCGGGGUGCAGACUCUGUUCUCGACCUGCAGGCCCACUAUGAACUAUCUGCUUCCAUGUUGAGUGUGUGGGAAGGGAUGAGCUCUCAGGAAGAGGUGGAUCGAGCCAUCAGUGCCUGUGCAGAGUUGCAUGACCUGAAGGAAGAGGUUCUUAAGAACCUGAGGAAGCUAGAGAGCUUCAGGCCAGAGAGCCGGGAGCAGGAGUGUGGUAGUCAGCAUGCUGUCCAGCAGAGGGCGCUGUGGAGUCUGGAGCUGUACUUCUAUCUGAUCCUAUUUAACUACUAUCUGCAGGAACAGCACCCCCUAGCCUUUGCCCUUAGUUUCUGUCGAUGGCUGUGCACCCAUCCUGAGCUGUAUCGUCUGCUGGUGGCGCUGAAUUCGGUGGGGCCCUUGGUCCCCGGGGACCUCAUCGCCAAGGGCUCCCUGGAAGCAGAUGACCUGGUUUCCCUGGAUGCUCUCAGCACCAUCAGAGAGAUGGACGUAGCCAACUUCCGGCGUGUACCACGCAUGCCUAUUUAUGGCACCGCCCAGCCCAGUGCCAAGGCCCUAGGGAACAUCCUGGCCUACCUGUCUGACGCCAAGAGGAAGCUGCGCCAGGUGGUCUGGAUCAACCUGAGGGAGGAGGUUGUGUUGGAGUGUGAUGGUCACAUGCACAGUCUGUGGCCCCCGGGACCCGCGCUGGCCCCCGAGCAGCUGGAGGCUCUGGAGGCCCAGCUGAAGGCCCACCUGAGUGUCCCUGUCCCCAUCACCAAGAGCCCUGCCACCCCCAGGUUCCAGAAGUGCCUGACCACACAGGAGGUCUUCAGCCAGCACCAGGGGGCCAGCCUUGGCCUGACCUACUGCCGCAUUCCCGUGCCGGACUUCUGCGCCCCUCGGGAGGAGGACUUUGAGCGGCUGCUUGAGGCCAUGCGAGCUGCUCUCUCCAAGGACCCAGGCACAGGCUUUGUCUUCAGCUGCCUCAACGGCCAGGGCCGGACCACAACGGCCAUGGUGGUGGCCGUGCUGGCCUGCUGGCACAUUGGGGGCUGUCCCGAGGUGGGUGAGGAGGAGCUAGUGAGUGUGCCGGAUGCCAAGUUCACCAAGGGCGAGUUUCAGGUGGUGAUGAAGGUGGUACAGCUGCUCCCCGAUGGCCACCACGUGAAGAAGGAGGUGGAUGCGGCGCUGGACACCGUCAGCGAGACCAUGACACCAAUGCACUACCACCUUCGGGAGAUCAUCAUCUCCACCUACCGACAGGCAAAGGCCACCAAAGAGACACAGGAGGCUCAGAGGUUGCACCUGCGGAGCCUGCAAUACCUGGAGCGCUACAUCUACCUGAUCCUCUUUAACGCCUACCUUCGCCUGGAGAAGGCCAGCUCCUGGCAGAGGCCUUUCAGCACCUGGAUGCAGGAGGUGGCAACCAGAGCUGGCAUCUACGAGAUCCUCAACCAGCUGGGCUUCCCCGAGCUGGAGAGCAUGGACGACCAGCCCCUGUCACGGCUCCGCUACCGCUGGCAGGAGCAAAGUCGAGACCCGGAGCCCUGCGACCUUGGGGACUUCCUGUAGGCCCCCUUGCUCUUGCUAGGCAGGCUGGGGAGGGGGGACCUGAGGGUCUCAUUGCUUCUGAUGGACACUUGUCAGCUUCCUGGUUAGACUUGAGGGGCUGAGAACUUUCGGAAAGAGGGUUUUUUUUGGUAAUCCUACCAAUAUAUACAUUGAAUAUAUGGACAGCACUGCCAUUUUCUGUCAACCCUUGGGGUGCGUAAUGUCUUCUGGUAAGGCCCAGUGCGUGUGCCUCACAGACCAGCUGGCAAACAACCUUCAGGGAGCUCACUCCCCAAGCAGCCAGUCACCACCUCUGUCCCCCCUUCACCGUUGGUCAUCAGACUGCCUGGGCGGGCAGCAGGCUGGCCAUGUUUGCCUUUUCACUUCCUUCCUCUGACUGGCUUGCUCCUGCCUCUGCCUCUGCCUUUCAGCCCAAGCAGCUACCUGAGGAGGAUGGCGAGCCAGGCAGGUCUGUGUUGAGGCAGCUCUGCCCAGCUCCUUCUGGCUCUCAGUGUCGCAGGCCUGGAAGACUGAGGGGAUGACUCCCCUUUUCUCCUACCCGUCUUUCCCCAGUUCCUCCCCUAAGCUGUCAGAUGAGCCCAGGGAGUUGGAAACAUCAGGGAGGCCCUCCCAGUGUGGGGAAAGAACUCACAGAGGCCAUGGAGAUGGUGAAGAGCCUCUUGGUGGGUUGGAAGCCUGUUAACAGGAUCGAGGUGACUCUUGGGAGAGACUCUGUGGACACAGGACCUGGUGGCUUGUCAGGCCUUAGAAUCCAGGCCGACCCCUGCCAGGAUCCCUGGGCUGCUUUCGCUGGGUCACACUGAGAUGACACUGAGGGACGAACUUUGUUCACAUAGUGGGAAGAGGGGCAGAGAGGGCUGUGCUUGGUGAGUCUCAGCUGGGACUGAAGUUUGCCACAACUAGUGGUUGAACUCCUGAGUCUGGGCGCCUGGCUACCUGUCUUAACUUCUUGAAGGAGAGUGAUGAAUCUCUGGGUGCCCGUCCUUCAUGGAGGAUGUCAGCUGUUAGCUGUGCUAUUUGAAGAUGUCAAAGUUGUUUCCAGCCUGAUGAAGUGGAGACCCUCUUAGCUGAAUUCUUUUGCAAGCUGCUGUAUGUCUGUCCACAGCCUCUCAGGUUUGCUGGUGUCUGUUUUGUGCAAGUCAGCUCUGUUCAGAAAAAGCCUACCCAAGGAGUCGGAGGCCAGAGAGACCCUUCACAGUUUUGUGGUUGACACUGACUUGGAGAUAUGCUGGGACCAGUGGCAGGUCACUGUACCCCUCUGCCUCAGUUUCCCUGUUUGUAAAAUUGGAGAAUAAUACUUGCCUACCUACCUCACAGGGGUGUUGUGAGGAAUCCUUUAUGGUUUUCUGUUUUUGUUUUUUGUUUUUGUACAGAGCUUUUGAGCAUUAAAAACAGUACAAACGUGUAA